GAAAUCCAGCACUCCAAGGAGCAGCCUGCACCAACCACUCGAUUAGUGACUGUCAUGCUGCUAGAAGCAGAACUUGAUUGCAACCGAGAAGGGCCUGGUGCCCCCGGAGCUGCUGCCCUCUGUACCUUCAGCAGGGCUCGAGAGAUCCCGAUGUGUGCCGGCUGUGAUCAGCACAUAUUAGACCGCUUCAUCCUUAAGGCUCUGGACCGACAUUGGCACAGCAAGUGUCUCAAGUGCAGUGACUGCCACAUACCUCUGGCUGAACGCUGCUUCAGCCGCGGGGAGAGCGUCUAUUGCAAAGAUGACUUCUUCAAGCGCUUCGGGACCAAAUGCGCCGCAUGCCAGCUGGGCAUCCCGCCCACGCAGGUGGUGCGCCGCGCCCAGGACUUCGUAUACCACCUGCAUUGCUUUGCCUGCGUGGUUUGCAAGCGGCAGCUGGCCACAGGGGACGAGUUCUACCUCAUGGAAGACAGCCGGCUGGUGUGCAAGGCGGACUACGAAACAGCCAAGCAGCGAGAAGCCGAAGCCACAGCCAAGCGACCGCGCACAACCAUCACCGCCAAGCAGCUGGAGACACUGAAGAGCGCCUACAACACUUCGCCCAAGCCGGCGCGCCAUGUGCGGGAGCAGCUCUCUUCCGAAACCGGCCUGGACAUGCGCGUGGUGCAGGUGUGGUUCCAGAACCGCCGAGCCAAGGAAAAGAGACUGAAGAAAGACGCGGGCCGGCAGCGCUGGGGACAGUAUUUCCGCAAUAUGAAGCGCUCUCGCGGAAGCUCAAAAUCCGACAAGGACAGCAUCCAGGAGGGACAGGACAGCGACGCCGAGGUCUCCUUCACUGACGAGCCAUCCAUGGCUGACAUGGGGCCUGCCAACGGCCUGUACAGCAGCCUCGGAGAACCCACCCCAGCCUUGGGCCGGUCUGUAGGAGGAGGCCUCGGUAGCUUUGCUUUGGAGCACGGAGGCUUGGCUGGUCCAGAACAGUACCGAGAGCUACGCCCAGGAAGUCCCUACGGCAUCCCUCCUUCUCCUGCAGCCCCCCAGAGCCUUCCUGGCCCCCAGCCUCUCCUCUCCAGCCUGGUAUACCCAGACACCAACUUGGGCCUUGUCCCCUCAGGGCCCCCAGGUGGGCCCCCACCCAUGAGGGUGCUGGCUGGAAAUGGACCCAGCUCCGAUCUGUCCACAGAGAGCAGUGGUGGUUACCCUGACUUCCCUGCUAGCCCUGCCUCCUGGCUGGAUGAGGUAGACCACGCUCAGUUCUGA